AUGGAUACCCUGCAGAACAGCGUGAUCACACCACUCCAGCCAUACCUGGCUCCCAUCGUGUCAGCGAUUCCCGAACCAGUGCACGAUGCUGUGAUCUCCCUGAUCGGAACACCAUGCCACAAGGCACUCCUCCUCGACCUCGACGUGACCAAGGACCCCGCCUGCACCACCCUGGCUAUUUCCAAGGCACUAGGGAUCGCCAUUGUGGGCGCUAGUGCUAUCGUCAAGGUCCCGCAGAUUCUGAAGCUCAUCGGUUCCCGCUCCUCCGCUGGUGUCUCUUUCAUCUCGUACGCCCUUGAAACUGCCAGCUUGCUCAUUACCCUUUCCUAUGGUGUGCGCAACCAGUUCCCCUUCAGCACUUAUGGAGAGACAGCCUUGAUUGCUGUGCAGGAUAUUGCGGUCGGGGUUUUGGUGCUUCACUUUGCGGGGCGGACUGCGGCCGCGGCGACUUUCGUGGCCGUGGUGGCGGCUAGCAUUUACGCUUUGUUGUUCGAUCAGACUCUUGUUGACGCGCAGACUAUGGCGUAUUUGCAAGCUGGUGCGGGUGCGCUGGGUGUUGCUAGCAAGGCUCCUCAGAUCUACACUAUCUGGCGUGAGGGUGGAACAGGCCAACUGAGCGCUUUUGCUGUCUUCAACUAUCUCGCCGGUUCCCUGUCUCGCAUCUUCACCACUCUCCAGGAAGUCGACGACAAGCUCAUUCUGUACGGAUUCAUCGCUGGAUUCUCCCUCAACGUCAUCCUCGCCACUCAGAUGCUUUGGUACUGGAAUGCCCCUGCCCAGACCAAGAAGCAGGCUCGUGCCCAUCCCGAGAAGACACCCAUCGCACAGGCCACUGGUGUAUCCACUGGAGCUUCGCCGCGACCAGGCGCGAAGACCCCCACCACCCGUCGACGCGGUUAG